UAGCUUACGAAGAAAAAGCUCAACAUCUCUCUCUCAGUAAAACCUCUGAUAUUUAGCCUUCUCUCUCUAGAAAAUCAUUACAUACAACACUCACAUUUUAUACAUUCAAAACCCUAACAACUUUCCGAUCCUCCUCCGACGAUCGUUCUCCAUGUCGCCGGCGAGAGGAAACGGAGCUCCGAUUCACUUCAUUGAUCUCAGCUGAUUUCAUUUUGAUCCUUGCUCCUGAGUAUUUUUGUGCUUUGGGAAGGUUCUAGAAGAAAUGUACAAAAACCAGCUGCAGGAGCUGGCACAAAGGAGCUGCUUCAACUUGCCGUCUUACACUUGUAUUAGAGAAGGUCCGGAUCACGCGCCGCGGUUCAAGGCUACUGUUAACUUCAAUGGCGAAAUAUUUGAGAGCCCGAAUUACUGCUCUACACUUCGCCAGGCUGAGCACUCUGCUGCUGAGGUGGCAUUAAAUGCACUCGCUAAUCGCGGUCCUUCCUACUCGCUUGCUGCUAGAAUUCUGGAUGAGACAGGGGUGUAUAAGAAUCUGUUACAGGAAGUUUCACAAAGAGUAGGAGCAUCAUUGCCAGCAUAUACGACUUUUAGAUCUGGUCUAGGACAUCUUCCUGUCUUUACCUGCACGGUAGAGUUGGCAGGCGUCACAUUUACUGGCGAGCCAGCAAAGAAUAAGAAGCAAGCUGAAAAGAAUGCAGCCAUGGCAGCUUGGUCGUCUCUGAAAUUAUGUAAGUGAUUCCAAUGUCUAAAAACCAACUCAUAUAGUCAUAUUUGCUGCAUGGAUUAAUUGGGAACCUUAUUUCUUUACGAAGAAGUUAUCGCAAAAAGUUGCAUUGCAUGUAUGUUUGUGUGUGGUGGAAGGGCUUAUUGAGUUGUUAUAAAUGCCAAGUCAUGAAUUGUGUGGAU